AUGGAUCCUGGAAGGCGAGCCAUGAUCGCGGACUCGAGAGGCUCAUCGUCUGGCCGUCGAGAACCCACGGCGCCGCGAUCCGAUUCAGGCAACCGCGUGUCCAAACCGAGCCGACCAGGUCCAUCGACGACCGCACGCAAUGCCGCCAAAUACCUGAGCCAGGACGAGCAGUCACGGCAGUUCGUGGCCGACGAGGACAAGUUCGUGCUGAAGCAGGCGAAGAAGAAGGCUGACAUCCGGGUGCGCGAGGGACGGGCGAAGCCGAUCGAUGUCCUGGCCUUCAACCUGCGCUACAUCGACGCGGACCGCGACGCCUUCGAUGACGACGAAAUCGACGAUGAGAUCGAGGUGGAUGCACCGACAAAGGUCAUACAAGAUCUGUCUUCUGCCGCGCAGAUCUCCGAGCUCGAUUCGAACAUUGUGUCAUACCAUGUGCUGGAGACGGACUCGCGAAACCGUCGGUACUGGGAGGCCCUGCGGACGCUGUGCGCAGAUCGGAGGGCCAAGUUGGACCCGCAGGGACAUGAGGGGAGAGUGGUCAACAGCGUUGCGGACGACAUUGACAAGAUUCUGGCGCCCAAGUCGUUUGAUCAGCUCGAGACCCUGGAGCAGCAGAUCAAGGCCAAGCUGCGGUCCAAUGAGGACAUUGAUACGGACUACUGGGAGCAAUUGCUCCGCAGCCUCAGGGUAUGGAAGGCCAAAGCCACGCUGGCUCGCAUAGCGGAGGACAUUGAAACCAAGAAGAAGGAGCGGCUUGCAAGCCAGGUGCCUCGCUCAACAGAGACAUCCAAGAACAGCGGCCUGUCCGCCGGCGGUAUGGGCAUCAGCAGCCAUAGUUCAGGUGGCGCCAAGGCCCCAGCAAGCAAAGCGGAUGCAUUUGAAACCAGGAACGAGGACGAUUCUCAAGCCACCAUGGCGCUAUACGACAGAGAAGCGGCACGUGGAGUAUCUGAAAACGAAGAGGUUUUUGCGGCUGAAGAGGCCCUGCCGGACGGCUCGAAACCCCCGCAGUGGACAGACAAGUAUCAGGCUCGCAAGCCUAGGUAUUUCAACCGCGUGCAGAUGGGCUACGAAUGGAACAAGUACAACCAGACGCACUACGACCAUGAUAACCCCCCUCCCAAGGUGGUGCAGGGAUACAAGUUCAACAUCUUCUACCCGGAUUUGGUAGACAAGACCAAGGCCCCGACAUUCAAAAUCAUCCGCGAGCACGGCAGGCGUCGCGGAGAAUCGUUUGCUGCCGCGGGCGAAGUAGACACUUGUCUCAUCCGCUUCAUCGCGGGACCUCCGUACGAAGACAUUGCGUUCCGCAUUGUCGACCGUGAAUGGGACUAUAGUGCCAAGAAGGAGCGUGGCUUUAGAAGCUCAUUCGACAAGGGAAUCUUACAAUUGCACUUUCAGUUUAAAAAGAUCUUUUACAGAAAAUAA